AUGUCCACGCUCAGAGCCCCAUCCAGCCUGGCGUGGAAUAUCUCCAAGGAUGGGGCAUCUACCACCUCUCUGGGCAACCGGGGCCACUGUCUUUUACAUUUUUCUAUUCAUUUAAGCUUUGAUCAGCUGCUCAUCUCAAGCCUGGACCAGCAAAAACUGCAGUCUGUUUUGUCAACGGUUGUAUCAAAUUGUGAUGUUGCUGCUGUGCUCCAAGAAGUCAAAACACAAGUAAAGAGCAAAGAAGACACGUACUUUGUAGUCUUACACAAAGAAGAAGGAGCUGGCCUGGGAUUCAGUGUCGCUGGAGGAACAGAUCUGGAACAGAAAUCAGUCACGGUGCACAGAGUGUUUUCAAAGGGAGUUGCAUCUCAAGAAGGAACUAUUCAUCGAGGAGAUCUUGUUCUGUCAAUCAACGGCAAGUCUCUUGCAAGUUCAGUCCACGGGGAUGUCCUGAAUACUCUUCAUCAGGCAAGACUAUACAAAUAUGCGGUCAUUGUCAUCCAGAAGGAAAAAGACAAAGCAAACAACUUCUCCAGACUUGAGAUAUCAGCUACUGGCAAAAAAUGUGUGGGGUCUGGAAAGGAUGUUUCCAUGGCAAUAGGAACAGAUCCAAACCUGGAUAUGAAUGACGUAAUCUGUGUUGAAUUAUUGAAAACCUCUGCUGGCUUGGGAUUCAGUCUUGAUGGUGGAAAAGCUUCCAUUGCUGGAGACAGACCCUUACUUGUGAAAAGAAUAUUUAAAGGUGGUGCUGCAGAGCAAUCUGGAAACAUAGAAACUGGAGAUGAAAUUCUUGCUGUUAGUGGAAAAUCAUUACUUGGCCUCAUGCAUUACGAUGCCUGGAACAUUAUUAAAUCUGUACCAGAAGGCCCUGUACAGUUACUGAUCAGAAAACGCAGAACUUCAGUGUGAUGGAAGCAUUAGAUCUAGUGACACUUACCAAGAGAAAAGAUUUAAAACUGGCUGGAAGCUGUUUUUUGAUUCUAAAACCAACACAGAAGUGUCUUAAUACUCUACAGAGAGGUGCUAAGAGCCUUGGAGAACCACUGAGCAAGCACGUGAAGAGCAUCAUAAAAUCUCACCUAAUUAUCAAGGAUGAAGGAAGCCAAAUGUUAGAGACACUUUUGUAUUAUGUGGCAGUUUUAAUGGAACUUCAAGACCUCUCCUGGGUUUGAUUUUAAAUAUUUUGACUGAGAUAAAUAACACUGUGCCUGUCCCCGAUAGAUUUAGUAUCUGCAGAGGGAGUAUAACUUGUUGGUUGCCAUCCUGUUGACAAGGAUGGGUAUUUAGACUGUACUGUAUAACGCAGCUGUAAUAAGGCUUCAGAACACUGACUAAGGGUCUGGUCCUUUUCUGUUGUAAAAAGAGAAUGUCUGGAACAAUCUCACUUUAUUCUUCUAAGUGCAGUUUUACUAGAAAUGCAUGACAAAAGAGUUUAGUUUUGCACAAUUUUAAUGCCUAAAACAUCAGCAUUUUAUUGCAAAACUGGAAAGUCCUUCAAUUGUGGUGAAUGCCGAGUCAGUUCAUGAGUUCUAAAAACUGAUGAACUGACUCGCCAUCCACCACAAUCGAAUUGAAUUUUAGAUGUAACUUGUAUCUGAAAGCACUUGGCAUUAAUGUAGAAAUCUGUGAGCAAGAGCACCAUGCCCACCAAGGUGUAGACUGAGCUGGUAGUUAUGAUUAAAAUGGGAGCAAUAAAAAUUGGGGUCUGAAUUUUCAUAUUUAAGGCUUGUAAUGCUAGGGACCUUAAAAAUAUAUAUAUUUUUUUUAAAGAG